AUGUCUACUGAUGAAGACUCCAUGUGCACGUCCAUUGAUGAGGACGUCAGGAGCACGUCAAUUGAUGAGGACGCCAGGUGCACCUCCACUGAUGAGGACGCCAUGUGCACGUCUAUUGAUGAGGACGCCAGAUGCACGUCCAUUGAUGAGGACGUCAGGAGCACGUCCAUUGAUGAGGACGACAGGUGCACGUCCAUUGAUGAGGACGCCAGGUGCACGUCCACUGAUGAGGACGCCAGGUGCACGUCUAUUGAUGAGGACGCCAGGUGCACGUCCAUUGAUGAGGACGCCAGAUGCACGUCCAUUGAUGAGGACGCCAGGUGCACGUCCAUUGAUGAGGACGCAAGCAGCACGUCCACUGAUGAGGACGCAAGCAGCACGUCCACUGAUUAG